GCCGGGGUUCAUGAACAGGGCCCUGGUGAGCCUCCGACAGAAGUGUUGGGUGCCGCAAGCCGCUCGCAAGAUUCGCUCGCUUGUGGCAAGAUGUCAGACCUGUAGGGUGCGGAAGGGGAAGCCACAGACGACAAGAAUGGCUCCGCUUCCGUUGGCCCGAGUCACUAUGCUCGAAGGCGCCUUUCGGGCGACUGGUAUGGACUAUUUCGGCCCGAUGAAGGUGAAACGGGGGAAGACAGUGUCGAAGAUCUGGGGCGUACUGUUUAGGUGUCUAGCCACGCGUGCCGUGCACAUAGAGCUGACGGACAGCCUGGACACUGACGCGGCCCUGAUGGUGAUAUCAAGAUUCCAGGCGCGACGAGGAAACGUGCAAGAACUAUGGUCAGAUAAUGGCAAGAAUCUCACCUCGGCAAACAAGGCUCUGAACAAGCAACUCAGAGCGCUGAACCAAGACCAGAUGAUGGCAAAGCUGUCUCUGGAGGGAAUCAAGUGGCGAUUCAUCCCGCCGUCCGAUCCUGAGGCAGGUGGCGCUUGGGAGCGCGCCAUUCGUACGGUGAAAGACACGCUAAAGAUCGUCUUGAAGGAGCAGACCCCGCGGUUCGAGGUGCUACAGACGGUCAUGGCAGAAGUGGAGAAAAUCAUCAAUUCGACGCCGCUGUUCCACGUCCCAGUGGAUGCAGCUGAUGACGAUGUGCUCACGCCGUUCCACUUCCUCAUCGGCCGCGCUACCCCUGCUUACCCGGUGGGCUCGCAGGUGCAAAGCAGUGAGUGUCUUCGUCGAAGAUGGAAGCACGCUCAGGUGCUAGCCGACCAUUUCUGGAGAAGAUGGGCACGAGAAUAUCUCCCUACGCUAGCAAACAGAUCGAAGUGGAUCCAGUCGUCUCGCAACGUGGAGGAGGGAGACGUGGUGAUCGUUGCAGAUCCUCAGCAUCCCCGUGGACUGUGGGUCAGAGGAGUGGUCACGGACACUGUGCGUGGCCCUGAUGGAGUGGUGCGAUCGGCUCGCGUGCGGACGGUGCAUGGAGUGCUGCACCGCCCCGUUCGCAAACUCGUAGUGCUACAAGUACUUCGCUGUACAUAAGAUGUGCCUAUCGCGAGCCAUCCGUGCCGCGAGUGAAGUAAUAGAACAUGCCAGCCGUCACAUAUUGUCUCAACAUGCAUUGUUGAGAGAGGCCGGGGUGUGACGGACCAGAUACGUUUAUAUAUCGAUAAAUAUCUUCCAGUGGAAGAGCUGAUGAUGAAUCAAAUAUUUCGCCACAUUGGAAGAACCUUUAAACGUGUAUUUGUCUCGCGGAUUUUAUUUUUAGUUGUUUGGUGCGACCGCUGAACUUUGCAAAACAGGCGAUCGAUUUUCAUUCUUUAUUAUUAUCAGUAUAAAUUUGCAUACAUUUGGUUUAA